AAUGCUGUGUUUGGUAGCAGUAACUUCUGGGGCGCUCGGUAUGCUCCUUUAUCUCACUACGGUAUCAAGUUAUACAUACAUACGUCUCGUCGGAGAAAGCCCCCAAUCACCCAAUUUAGUUAUUGAUUUCUGAAAUCUUGAUAGGGUUGUGAUCCGUACAUCUCAGAUAUCGCGUUAUCUACAUCGAAUUUGAUCAGUAAGUAUUCAACCGGCAAGGAAGAUGCAGUUCUUUGGAGGGUCAGAGAUCAGUCCGUCGCCACCGGCGCCAACUCAAUCGGGGAACAAUGCUCACAUGAUUUACAUUUUCAACCGGAACGGUGUUUGCUUACUAUAUAGGGAGUGGAACCGCCCUCUCCACACUCUUGAUGCGCAGCAGGACCAUAAACUCAUGUUUGGUCUGCUCUUCUCUCUCAAAUCUUUGACUGCUAAGAUGGAUCCUACCAGUGCGGAGAAAGGAAACCUUGGCGUUCCUCAGUUACCUGGCCAAGGUUGUUCAUUUCACAGUUUUAGUACAAACACGUACAAGCUUAGUUUCAUGGAAAGUCCUUCUGGGAUAAAGAUUAUCUUAAUUACUCAUCCUAAAACUGGUGAUUUACGGGAGUCAUUGAAGUACAUUUAUAACUUGUAUGUUGAAUAUGUUGUCAAGAAUCCACUGUACGCCCCUGGAACUCCAAUCAGGUGUGAGUUGUUCAAUACAAAUCUUGACCAAUAUGUGAGGAGCGUUGCAUAGCAAAUCAUGGUGAGGCUUAUCCUUUAUCAAUGCUAAGCUAAGCGAGAGACGAGGAGGCAAUGAGAAGAUUUGAUUUGGAAGCAUGUCAGUGGAACCAUCUAUUGUGUGUCAAUGUCGAUUGUUGAGCCAAUACAAUUAACAAUGAUUUUUCUAGUGAAAAUACAGUUAACAAUGCUAAGACGUGAUGACCUGUUAAUGUUAUUGUUGCAUUUAAUUUUGGUGUAUAUUUUAAUGAGAAAACCUUAAAUUAUUGUUGCAUUUAAUUUUCCA